AUGUCUACUCAGGAAAAAGAACAAGCAGCUGUUAUUUUCGAUGCAACGGAGGAAAGUAAUUUAUUAAACACGGAACGUCACGAUUCUUUUGAAUUGAGUGACGAUGACCAACAAACGUUUAUACAAUCAAGUGAUCGACAAAGCGACGUUUUUGAUUUCGACGAUCAUCUAAUACCACUAAGUUUAACAGAAACGCAGAGACGUCCUACGAGUUUAGAGAAGGAAGUUACAUUCUUUAAUGGACUGACUUUAGUGGUUGGUUUGAUGAUUGGUUCUGGAAUUUUUGCAUCGCCAGGUCCUGUUGCAUUGCAUGCGGGGUCAGUUGGAAUGUCGUUAGUUGUAUGGAUAGUUUGUGGAUUCUUAGCUUGUACGGGAGCACUUACCUAUGCAGAAUUAGGAUCUGAAAUCCCACUAUCUGGAGGUGAACAUGCAUACUUAAAUCAUGCAUAUGGAAGCUUAUUGGCUUUCUUAUACAGUUGGACGGCCAUAACUUGUUUAAAGCCAGGGAGCAAUGCGAUUAUCGCAGUGAUUUUUGCAGAAUAUAUAAAUCGUAUCGUUUAUCAUUCAGCCUUUAAUGUGAAUCUCCCAGAUGAAACUCGUGUUUGGUUAAACAAAAUAGUGGCAUCUUUAUGCAUAAUAAUUAUUUCUUUUAUAAAUGCAUAUAGUGUUCGUCUGGCUACUAGAACACAGGACAUAUUUACCGCUUUGAAAUUAAUCACUUUGGCCGUGAUAGCUGUAAUAGGAUUCGUUGUGUUAGGUAAAGGUGGAUUUACAAAUAAUUUUGAAGGAGAUGUAUUUGAAGGCAGUUCAACGAGAACUAGUGACUAUGCACUAGCUUUUUAUUCAGGUCUUUGGGCGUAUGAUGGAUGGAAUAAUGUAAAUUAUGUUACUGGUGAAAUGAAAAAUCCUGCGCGAGACCUUCCACGUGUAAUAAUGGUUGGGUUACCGAUAGUUAUAGUAUGUUAUACGUUGGCGAAUGUCGCUUAUUACGCUGUAUUACCAUCAUCCGUGGUCACCAAUACAAAUACCAUAGCAUUAGAUUUUGGUAGGAAAGUUUUCGGUCCCGUAGGGGGUGUCAUUUUCGCACUCUGUGUUGCUGCUAGUUGCUUUGGUGCAGCGAAUGGAAGUAUUUUCACGGGGUCAAGAUUGAUUUAUGUUGCAGCUCGCGAAGGUUACUUGCCCUCUUUCCUUGGAAAGGUGCAUGGAACUUGGAACACCCCUACGGCAGCCUUAAUUAUGCAAGCAGUAUUGACCAUAGUAAUGAUAAUUCCGGGAACUUUUCUGACAUUAUUAAAUUUUGUUUCUGUUGCUGCAUGGAUAUUUUAUUUUCUCACUUCGUUUGGAUUAUUAAUAUUAAGAUGGAGAGAACCGGAUCUAAGAAGACCAUAUAAGGUUUGGCUUAGCACUCCCAUUAUAUUUUGUUGCGUGGCCAUAUUUUUAGUCAUAAUGCCUUUCGCGCGUGUUCCGUUACAGUCACUCGCAGCAAUUGGAUUCAUCCUUGCUGGGGUGCCAUUUUGGUAUAUAAGAGUAAAAUACAAGGAAACAUUUUCAACACAAGUUGGAGAUUUAGACAAGAAUAUCAAAAACAAGAUACAAUGGAAAUGA